AUGGGGGUGGGCAUGUUCAUCUUGGGCAGCUUCACAGGCGAGAGGCUCCUCUCCUUCCAGUUUACAGACGACAGGAGGUUGGAGGAGGUGGAGGUCUCGAAUAAAUCAGGGGAGGUGAGCGAGAGUAGUGAGCACAAGGCGACCGCGGUUGUUGAGGGGGAGGAAGAGCUCCUGCGACCUGAAGACAUCAGCGCAAUCAAGGCCCAGUGGAGCCACUUGACAGCGCAGACCGCCAACGUUCUUGAGGAGAUGCUCGCCACGCGCAACAACAAAAUCAAACGAUUUGCCAACGAGACCAAAGUUGCACUACUUGCACUCCAUGAGGUGGAUUAUCGCCUCGGCCCAGUGCUGCUCAACUUUCGGAAGGUGCUGCCGCCCGACUGGAAGUUUCAGAUCUACCACUCGCCCGACAAUGCCGAGUGGAUCAAGACUGUGGCCGAGGUGCAGCAAGUAAAGGCAACUUUGAAUAUGAUCAUGCCUGCGAACCUCUCCUACCACGGCUACAGUGACUUCAUCCGGACCAAUCUCUUUUGGGAGACCGCCCUAGGGGACAACAUCCUGACCUUCCAGACGGAUACUGCGCUGUGUGGCAAUUCGCCCUUCAAGAUCCAUGACUUCAUGAUCUAUGACUACAUUGUUGGAGGUACGCAGGAGGACGCCUUCUUCUGCAACGCCUUGGCGCAUGCCUCCUACGUUGGUAUUCUUCGCCCCGUUAUGGCUCACUACAACGUUAGCAGGUGCUUUUCGGCCGAAACCUGGAUCUCCGAAGUGCCGAUGGGGACUCACGCUCCGGGCAAGUACUUUGGCAACAGUGGCCAGGCCCUGUUUACGUUUUGCCCCGAAGCGCACCUGGCCACGGGGGACAAGAAACACAAGCCCCCUUCCCGUUGA